AUGGAGAAGACCCCUUCGACGCCCGUCGAGGACCGGCCUGCCACCACCAAGCCGGCCCAUCCUACAAUCAAGACGGGCUCCAAUGUCCCCAACAUGAACGGCCCCCUCUACAUGCAGACCUCGGGUUCCAGCGCUGUCCUUGUUCGCCGGCUGAAGCGAAAGGACGAGGGCACUUGGAAGCAGUUGUCGCGCUGGUUUGUCGAGAACCAAAUCGGUCUCUCCUUCAACCUCCUCGCCUUGCUCUUCCUCGCCCACGCCUUUAUCCCCAAAGCCCGCGAGCACACCAACAAGUUCUUCCACCUCUCCUAUUUCAACCCAGCGACCGGCAACUACGCAAUUGGCGCCGACGAUGUCCACCUCAUCAUCUUCUUCAUCGUGCUCUUCACCGGGCUCCGCGCCAGCUGCAUGGAGUACAUGCUCGCACCGCUUGGCCGGUCCCGCGGCAUCACUAAGCGCAAAGACUUGACGCGAUUCACUGAGCAGGGCUGGCUGUUUGUCUACUACAGUGUUUUUUGGACCAUGGGCGCCUACAUCUACUACCAGUCUCCGUACUGGCUCAACAUGCGCGAACUUUGGACCAACUGGCCCGACAGAGAGAUGGACGGCCUCAUGAAGGGCUACGUCUUGGCGCAAUGGGCCUUCUGGCUCCAGCAGAUUAUCGUCAUCAACAUCGAAGACCGUCGCAAGGACCACUGGCAAAUGUUUAGCCACCACAUCAUCACCACCCUCCUCAUCUCCUCCUGCUACUGCUACCACUUCACCCGAGUUGGCAACCUCAUCCUGGUUAUCAUGGAUGUCGUUGAUCUAUUUCUCCCGGCCGCCAAGUGUCUUAAGUACAGCGGCUUCACCACUGCAUGUGACUACGCCUUCGGCCUGUUUAUGGUAUCAUGGUUCGUGGCGCGACACGUUUUUUACAUGAUGGUCUGCUGGUCAGUCUAUGCGCACCUUCCCGUGGGUGUGACCCAUGGGUGCUAUAGUGGUACCAAGGCCAAUCUCAUCGGUCCUUACGAUCCUCCCGAGGGUCUGGGCUACCUUCUCGAGCCUUACUACAACAGCUCUGGCAAAGUCUGUUUCAACCGCAUUGUCCAGUGGGCUUUCCUCGCUCCCCUUCUCGCCCUGCAGGUCAUCACUAUUGUGUGGUUCACCAUGAUUGUCCGUGUCGCCAUGAAGGUUCUACGCGGCGACGGCGCCGAGGACUCGCGCAGCGACGAUGAAGAGGAGGAAGAGGAGGAAGAGAUCGAGGAGUUCAUCUACGAGCAGGCCCUCGAGGAAGAUGUAGGCGUCGAGGCGCUGGACUUCAAGAGCUGGGAGCGCCGCUCCGGCAUCAGGCGGCAGGCUAACAGCUCUGGCGUCAGCCUGCCCGGACACAGCGACCGCAAGGAGCUUCUGGGCCGCAUCGGCUGUGACAAGCAGGUCGAAUGA